GUCCUUCAUGAUUAAUGUCUCAUGAAUCCCACUAAAUGGAUAGAGAUGGGUUGCAGAUGAAACACAGACGUGAACAUAACUGAGGAAUUGAUGAGCUAGCGUUGGGAUAUCUGGACAUUUAUCAGGAUGACAAGUCCAGUGCAGGAUUCACACAGGCUGUCUGUGAAAACAUGGAUAGAGGACGAGAGUGAGCCAGCUGACAGCACACUCAGCAGAGCACAGUCAAUGUGUGAUGACACUUCUUCGGAGCUUCAGAGAAUGGCGGCCAUUGAAAGAAGAGACAUUCAUUCCCAGAAUUCCUUGCAAGGGCGAGGUGCUCUAUCCAGGAUAGUCAGUAUGGUGAUGACUCUGAGAGAAUGGGCCCAUAAGAGUUUGGCAGAAGAGACGGAGCGUCCCGAUUCCUUCUUGGAGCGUUUCAGAGGCCCCGCCAACACGGACGAACAAGCCCCGCCCAGCAGGUUCAGCCACAGCCAAAAUGGCUCUGAUGCAGAUCAUGAAAUCAGACGCUCCAGAAGCAUGAGGAGGAAGUGUAAAGUGGAGGUCUUAUCACCAUCUGAUGACGCCUACUACCACUGGCUGAUUGUGAUUGGUGCUGCUGUUUUUUAUAACUGGACCCUACUGGUUGUCAG